UGUGUGACCGACGGCAUCGAUUUCCCGCAGCAAUGAUGAUCAUCGUAAAGAAAAAAAAGAGGUGUAAUUUGAUCAGUGUGCUCUAUUUAUAUCGCCGUAAUUUGAACCCGCGGUGCCCCUCCCCUCAUGAUUGACAUACACUUUUGGCAGUGGUAGCACUCGUCGGUAAUGGAAAGGUUGUGGAGCCGGUUAAGUGAAUUAUUCCUACCUGAUCAUGAACGCACACACCGAAACACUCUACACGAGCAGUGCGGUUCAAUGGCAACGACGGGAAUCCCGACUGAGAUGGGCGAGUUUUCCCCCCCUCCCCUUGCCUCAUGAGUGGCCAUUAAAAUUGUUGACGAAAGUCCAACGUGUUGACUCGUUCCAUUGCGACUAGUGAAACGAAACCGACAAAAAAAGACAGAGCAAAACAAAACAGCAAAGAAACGAAACACGGCACAAUUGGCACCAUCGCCAGACGUGACGACAUGUUCGUUCUUGCCGAUGAUCGUAAGCAGCGUAAUGAUUUCGCGAUGUGAUCGGUGCUUGGCGGUAAAGCAUCCUGCAAGGAAGGAAGACCAGUAGCGUGCGUGUGCUAGAAUGCGGGCAGGAUUUCUGGUUGAGUGGAAAAAUGUACAUUAAUAAAUAAACAAAGCUUGGGUGAAACAUUGCAAAUGGUUCGCUUUCUUGCGGUGGGUUUAUUUUAUGAAUUCGGAUCAAACCAAGCUUGGGUUGUACUGGGAAUUUGUUCACAAAGUUAAGCCUUAAUAUUUUUUUUAAAUAAUGUAUUAAAAAAUUAGUCGGAAUAAUAUUAUUCAAUUCACCCAACUGGCUUAAGUAAUUCAAGUUUUUUUUUUUUGUAAAAUACUCUCUAAAGCUAAUAUUGGCUCUAUACGUACCACGGUAGCUUUCGUUCGCGUUCGCAAGAAAGAUAACAGAAACAAUGUCCCGUUUACUGUGUUUCCUUCUAUUCCGAUUCUUCCCACUCCCAACCGCCCUAACAAUCGACGAAAAAUGCCGGCCAAUACAUUGAAACAAAACAUCACUUUUAAUUAUAAUUUGUUUCGGUGUGGAACUCGCACCGCUUAAUUCGCGAUCGGGCCGGCAUUCUGAUCGGAACUCACGGCCGCACCAGACAGUACGGUGUAUCGCCUUUGUGCGUAAAGUGUGUGCCGCCAAGCAGUAGCAGUGUAGUGAUUCGCGGUCGUGUACCACCACAGCCAAUUCUUAAACACAAACAAUGCAAGCAUGGAGUGCGAUCGAUUUUUCCAUAGUCCAUAGUGACAGUUUCUCUAGCGGUAGCUUCCGGAGGAGCCGCAUGCUUUUCUUUGGCUCUAGCGAUGGAACGUCCAUCGAAAAACUUCCGGAUAAGGUAAUUCUGCACAUCUUUUCCUACCUGAGCCAUUUGGAGAUCUGUCGCAUGGCGACGGUGUGCCGCCGCUGGCGAACCAUCGCCUACAACACGCAGCUGUGGAAGAAUGUGUCGCUGCGGCCGGAAGUGUCGGGACUGCACGUGGGAUCGCUCGAGUCGCUGCUGCAGCUCAUCUCGGUGCGGUUCGGACCGUCGCUGCGCUACAUCGAGCUGCCGAUCGAGCUGAUCACGCACACCGUGCUGCACGAGCUGUCCUCGAAGUGUCCGAAUCUGACGCACAUGCUGCUCGACUUCUCGACGGCUAUGCAGCUGCACGACUUUAGCGAAAUGCAAGCCUUCCCGGCCAAGCUGCGGUACAUGUGCAUCUGCCUGUCGGAGGUGAUCUUCAUGGAGGGCUUCAUGCGCAAGAUCUACAACUUCAUCAACGGGCUGGAGGUGCUGCACCUGAUCGGCACGUACGAGAAGUGCGAGGAGGAGGAGGAAGAAAUCUACGAAGUGAUCAACGUGCACAAGCUCAAGUCGGCCACGCCGAACCUGCGCGUGAUCAACCUGUACGGCAUCAACUUCAUCGACGAUUCGCACAUCGACGCGUUCAGCUCGAACUGCAUCCAGCUGGAGUGUCUGGCGGUGAACUACUGCAACAAGGUGACCGGCUCGACGCUGAAGGCGCUGCUCGCCCGCUCGAAGCAGCUCAAGUGUCUGCUGAUGAACGGUACCAGCCUGAAGUCGGAGUACGUGAUGCAGGCGGAAUGGGACAAGUGCUCGGUGCAGGAGCUGGACAUUUCCGGCACCGACCUGUCGACCGAGUGUCUGAUCGAUCUGCUGACGCGCAUCCCGACGCUGCGCUUCCUGAGCGCGGGCCAGAUCAAUGGCUUUAACGAUUCCGUGCUGAAGGCGUGGAUGGAGGGCGGCAACCCGAAGUCGCUGAUCGCGCUGGACCUCGACUCGUCGGACAACAUCUCGGACGAGGCGCUGGCCCGGUUCAUUACCCGGUACGGGGCGCAGCUGCAGGCGUGCGUGCUUUCCGGCAUGACGCACAUCACCGACCAGCUGUGGAUGUCGAUCAUGCCGAUACUGACCAACAUCCGCAUCAUCGUGAUGGGCACGACCGAGCGGCUGGGCGGCAACAUACACGUGGACCAGCUGAUGGACACGAUCGGGUCGCACUGCACCAAGCUGGAGCGGUUGGAGCUUCGCUGGGAUCCGGAGAACUUGCGCUUCUCCGACAAGAGCCAGAAGGCGAUCGAUUUGCUGCGCGUCAAGUGCUUGAAGCUGCGCUGUCUGGUGCUGAGCGAUGGUCGCUAUUAUGAAACGGUGAAGGCAAACUUUGAGCGUGCCGAUCGUACGACUGUGGUCCGUACCACCACCAGCUGCCGUGUGUCGGCGUACCAUGUGCUGAGCAACUACAACGACUUGGUUUUCAACUGAACGAGCAGAACGGUACUGUCGGCUUUACCGUACCGUUUGUCCAUCAAACGGUACGGUGUGUGGUUUGUUACUAAUCGUUACUAAUUUGGAGACGCAGCUUGUUCGUUCGAAAGAGAAGAACUUUCGUGUUUUUUUUAUUGUAAACUAUGUGAAAAAAAAAAUCUGUUUUGAAAUAAACGUUGAUAUUUAUCUUUA